GGAAGGGUCAACUCGAGUGUUUACCUUGGCAUGUGUCAUGUCAAAAGUAGGACAUAUUUGACCUCAGAUCAACGGCAUUUUUACCGCAACUGUAAAAAACAUUUAGCUGUAACUGAAUACGUUUCAAACUGAUUGUCUUAUCUUUAGCUUUGACUCUGGAAGGCCUGCGAGUAAUCUGACAUCAGCUCUGAGGUAACCAGGUUUAUGUUUCUUCUGUACUCAGAGACCUUCCACAAUGGCUUCAGUGGCUAAAAGAAAGAGGACCAAAGUGGUAAACAGUCCAGACGAGGGUCAGAAUUGUCAGAGAGUAACUGUGGGAAGUACUUAUUUUACAAAGGCCUCUGGUAGUGAUGAAAAGAAAGAUGUCACACCCGCUAAACUGAGCAAAGUGACCCUGGGCACAACCUUGACGAGCGACAAUGUGGUGCAGGGCGGGGGGGAUGUGGUUGAGCGACUAACGGCAGAUUUCUACAACCAGUCAACCGUAAACCUAGCCAAGGCCUUGUUAGGACAGAAGCUGGUCCACAGGUUGAGCAGUGGGAAGAGAGUGGCUGGUAUUAUUGUGGAGACUGAGGCCUACUGUGGCUUAGUAGACAAGGCUGCCCACUCGUACAAUGGCAAGAGAACAGCUAGGACAGAGGCCAUGUUCAUGAAACCUGGCACAGCCUAUGUCUAUAGUAUAUAUGGCUUGUACUGCUGCAUGAAUAUAUCCAGUCAAGGUGAAGGAUGUGCUGUGUUACUAAGAGCUAUUGAACCAGUAGAGGGUAAGGAUCAAAUGAGGCAGCUGAGAACCAACAGUGCAAAGUCUCCCACUAAACCUCUAAAAGAGCAUCAGCUUGGGAAUGGUCCCUCAAAGAUCUGCAUGGCCCUGGGUAUAAAGAAAGAAGAAGUGAACAGACUGGAUUUAACAGUCAGCAAAGACGUUUGGCUGGAAAAGGGAGAUAACUCUCAGCCCAUUGUGAUCAGUAAACGAAUAAACAUUAGUUAUGGAGAAGACUGGGUUGAUAAGCCACUGAGGUUUUAUUUACUGGACAAUAAAUGUGUCAGCGUAAGGGACAAAGAAGCUGAAAAUCUUCUUAGAAAACUGUAACAAUUGAGAUACUAAUGUAGAUAAAUUUUUUUUUAUAUUA